UGUGCGACUGUCAUGCUUGGGAGCGGUCGAACACUAACAGUAGACGGACUCGAGUCAAACGGAAUCCGCGUACAGCUGUGUGCAGUUAUGACGGUCGAACACUAACAGUAGACGGACUCGAGUCAAACGGAAUCCGCGUACAGCUGUGUGCAGUUAUGAAAAGAAUUAUGUCUCACACUUUCAAUAUGAGAUUUAAGUUUCAUUACUAGCGCUCUUGGAAGAGAAUGAAAUGUUAAAUGUAACCUUCUUAUCGGAUUAGCAGAGCCGUCAUCUGUCGCCAGUCGGACUGUGCAGAUAUUCAGGAUGUGUAUAGUGUAUGCAGUAGAGUUGUGUUGAAAAUAUUUACAGAGCCACAGCACUGGGCAGGUUGAUCUAUAGUGAGGUCGUAGUUCAACGAUUCCUUCUCUCAAACAAAUCGCACAGUACUUGGUAACGUUAUCAAAGCAGACAGCAACGCUUGACUGACUUAGAGAUAUCAUCACCUGUAUUCGCACCCACUGAAGUGAGAAUCUCGUGCUAUGGCUGAUGCCAGUCAAAAGUUGACACCCAGACAAGCGUGUAGCUAGUGAGAGCAAUGGUGCUUCCACUGGGAGACAAACUGGAUAGUUUACACCGCUGUCACGCAUGACAAGGCCCCUCAGCUGAGCGGGGCGGCAUCCGAGGAGGGCAUGGGUGAGCAGCUGUGUAUCGGAGACUACCUGUGUCUCUACUGUGAGGAAACUGAGGGCUUCGUCUGUAGCUAUCAGUCCAGUUCCACCAACAGUGGCCUAUUUGUGUACACUGGACAAGACAGAAACCGCCCAACCAAUAUCCCUAAUGCUCACACUGUUGUAUUUCAAGUUUGUAUCCAAAACCGCUAUAAACUGAACAAAAAAUACAGGAAAUGUGUGAGCUAUCUUCAAGCCGACAGUUCCGAUGCUUCGGCUCGGUCAAUGCUGACACAAGCAAAGCUGGCUGCAGAGGCAGAGAAAAAAGAUAAUCUGGCUGAACAGACUAGGCAGCAUGGUAAAAGAGUUCGCUAUGGUGAAAUUGUACAGCUCAAGCACAUUUUCACUGGCAAAUUUGUGCAUAUGAGCACCACACACACCAGUAAAAAGGAUAAAAACAAUAUGAAGGUGUCAUUAAUUGAAUUUAAUGCAAAAAAUGCACAAUUUAGAAUUCUUCCCAGAUACAAAGUCAAAUCAGAAGGAGAAGUGGUUCAGCUCUAUGAUCAAAUUGUGUUUGAAAGUGUAAAAUCACCUGGACAUUACUUUCAUGCAAGUGAAUCUUUUCAGAUUGACCACUACACCUUUGGGUCAGAGUUGAACUUGGGUGUGGAAAGAUCAAGUUUUACAUUAAUUGGCAGCUUCAGAGAUAGACCAGAGCAAAACAGAUUUGUCCGGGGUGGUUGUGUAAUUCGUCUUUUUCACAAAGAAUUAGAAGCAUACCUUGUGGCAGAAGGAUUAUUUGAUGAAUCACUUAUUGAAGAUGUGCAUUUCCGUAUCCGUGCCAUUGAUCAACAUCGCCCAAAAUCCUUAUCACCAUCAACAUCUGGGAUAACAUACUGGCAAGUUGAAGCAGAACAUAGCAUUUUAGAUGGAGAUAUUUUGAGAUGGGAACAACAAAUACGGCUAAGACAUAUGCUGACUCGCCAGUACCUGUGUUUAGAUACAAAUAUGGACGUAAUGCUGACACCAGACUCCACAGAUCCCCGUACUGUCUUUAGACUUCAUUCAGUACUUAAGGAAAGGGAUGAGAUACAGUUGGAGAGCUAUGCAAGGAUUGAACACAUGCUGACCAGUCGCUGGCUACAUGCACUUAAAGAUGAGGAUUAUGAGAAACAUCAGUACAAUGAACGUGACACAGAACGAACCAUGCAAGGUCUAAGGUGGGAUGGUGCACCUUUGAGGAAGGUUGCAGCUAGCCCAGAGAGCAUGUAUGACGAUGCUUACACAAUACAACAAGUUACAGAAGAUGAAGCUCUCAACUUUAACUAUGUUGCUGGGAUGGUGCCAUUUCUUUUCAAUAUCAUUCAGGAUCAACGAAGUGGCACAGCUCUCACAGCAAGAAAAACUCAUGAUAUGAUAUCGACUUUACAUGAAAUUAAGGAGUUUAUAAUGCCUGAUGGUCAGCCAGACAAGGACAGACAAAAGUUGCUGCGAAACCUUAGGGUGAUUGACCUACUAGUCAAAUUGCUCCAGUGCCCCCUGCGUGAAGGAGAUGAACAGCUGCACAUGAUCAGGAUAUUUAAAGAAGCUUAUGAUGUGUUACAUGCUUACAUGCUGGGCAAAAGUAGAAAAAAUGCUUUGUACAUUGCUAAAUACAUUGAUUUCUUCCAAACUCAGUUUACUCAGAAGGGUGGAAUUGGCCUCAAUGUGGCACAGAUGAUUGUAGAACUUAUUAGGGAUAAACGAAAAAUUGUAGAUCGGAUUACUCAGAAUCACAUUGACACCUUCAUUCAGCUACUUCGAAACAAUCCAAGCUAUCAUUUCCUUGACCUUCUUCAUGUCUUGUGUGUUUGUGAUGAAGUUGCCAUACCAAACAACCAGUCCUAUAUUGUGCAGCAAUGGCUGAGAAACUACAAGGACAGUGUUUACCUGAUAGACAGAGGCCAGAAUAUCAAUAAAAGACCCAACAUAGUCUACAUCUCUGUAAAUGGUGGAAGUUCUUGGGUGGCAUUACACCAGUUUGUUGAUACUGAAUCUGCUGAGUAUGACUUUGAGAAGAAUCUGUUUCUUAUGCAUCAGCUGGACCUCAUGAAAGCAUUUUGUUUUGGUCGGAAUGACUUCUCUAUUCACACAAUCACAAGAGAGUUUGGCUACAUCACCUGGGAAGAUGCCUUUCUGUGCAUACAGUCUGAUCUCUUGCCUGACUCAGUCCGUGCUAAGUUCACUGAACUUGUUAUAGGUUUGUUUGUGGAUGUUGGAAACAAUUACUCAGUGUUGGACAACCCAAAUAUUUGCUUUGUCUAUGAAUAUGUUGGAUCUAAGGAUGCAGAUACUGAUCAAAGCCAAUAUCCACCUUCUUCCUCAAGUACUGAAAACACUAGAGAACAAGCCAACAACAGACAUGUUGCAGAUUCAAGCUUCACACUUCACUUGGAUAAUAAUCCUAUCUUGAGUUCUAGUGAUGAUGACACUGUAAUGUGGAAUGGAAUCAUUGAUAUGCCCAUUGAGAAUUGGGGAGAACCCAGACGUGGUGAGGUUGUGAAAGAUUUGGUUACAAUAUUUCCAGUGUUGAGGGACUGGCUGGCAGAGUUUUUAUCACAAAACUGCAUCAUGACAUCAAGUAUGGUUGGCAGAAAUUUGCUGGUCAAACAGGUGUUGCGUCUGCUGCAGUAUUUAGUUAAGUUUGGGUACUACAUGGAUGUUGGAGAUGUCCAUAAGCUGCUCCCCCCUCUACUUAGUUUGUUAGAUGGGCGACAAGAUGUUCCAUUCCCAAGAGAUAAAGGGAAAGGAUAUUCCAAAGAAAGUCAGAAAGUUAUUCAGACUUACAGAACCACUGGUAGAUUUGAAAUUAGUGAGGAGGCAGAAGCUGUUGUCAAUGCUAAAUAUGAGGCAUUGGUUGCUUUGGAUUUGCUUCUCACUUUUCAAAGAAAUUUGCGACUCAAGGUUUUUGUCACUAUGUUUAAACAAGCUGAACAAGGAGCAGCAAAGAAAAAAGUUCAAAGUAUUCUAGAACCAUUACUGUAUGAGUCCUACAAUGCUGCAGAUCAGAAAAAGAAAGCUUUAAAAAAGCAGCGAGAUGUUUUAAAAGAGCUGCGAGAAAUGUUCAAUAAUUCAGCCAUCUUGGAUAUUGACAGCACUACAGCCAUUUUAAUUGAUCUGUCCCAGUACAAAUAUGAGCAAAUGGUUGUCAAGUCCUUAGACAUACUAAACAAGCUGUACUCAUCGCAAAUGGACAUGUUUACACUAGCAAGGAGAGCACAAAUUCUCUUGACCCAUGACUCUGCCCGUGUUCAUCGAGAAGUACAAAGAAGUUUACCAACACUUCGUCGCUUAGCUAGAUCAAAACUAAAUGAUCAGCAAGUGGCUUUGAUAUGUGAAGUCUUAGAUGAACUCUGCGAGUUUUGCUAUCUGCCCAAGACACCAGAAGAACCGCACCCUAUGAACCAAAACAUUAUGAUUAGUCAUGGCAUACUAAAUAUAGUUCUAGAUAUUCUUUCACAAGAAAUUGAUUCAAGAUUGCUCAAAGAGCAAUACAGUGGUAUGGAGAAAGUUUUUAAGAAAACACUUAGCCUUCUGACAUUAUUGAUUCGAGAAAACCAUGAGGUACAAGAUCAGAUAUUCAGAAAUCUCGAUAAACUUUUGGAUGUCACUAUUGUGAGAUCAGAGUUAGCUCUAGCUCUAAAAGAGGUAUUCACAGAUAACCAGAGUAUUUGUCUGAAAGUGCAACCCCGUCAGAUCCAGAGAAUUGUGAUGUUGGCUGCUGAGUGUCAACACAGUGCUCCAGAGUUUCUAGACUUACUUAAAACAUUAGUCAAGGUUGAAAGUUUGGAUUUAACAAUCAAGAGGAAUCAAGCUCUUGUUAUGAAGUAUAUCAUGCAAACAUUUAAAAAGUCUGCAUAUGUGCUUGAUCAGUCUAGAGAGCAAAGGGAUACAGUUUUGACAAAUCAGACAGAUCCUGGCCACUUGACCUAUUUUAUCAGCCUUGUUGAUUUGCUGGCAACUUGUGCUGAGGGAGAAAAUAAGUUCAUUGAAUCCUUAUGUCAAACCAUCUUGCCAUCUGAGGAUAUCUUGUGGAUAUUAAAUCACACUGGAGUUGAUAAUAUUCUAAAGCUUCCAUUCAUCAAAUUCUUGAUGUGGGUGUACAUGAAGGCAUCAAAUGGCCUUUUGGAAAGUGGUGUCUCUGAUCUGCAACAUGAUAAACUGCUAUGGGACUUCCUGACUUUUAUAGUCAGUGACGUGAAUCAGCUGACAGAGUUUUUUGUUCAGUAUUCUGAUAAAGUCUCCCAGCUUCUCAAGUCUUCUCCACCUGCCAGUGUAGUUGCUGAAAAUCAUGACACUAAAUCUGUGAUGCACAACAAGCUGUUUUUUAUCCUUGAUGGAGUCUUGCCUUUUUUACAUAUGUUUUAUACAGUCUUCUACUUACCUGAUAAAGAUAUUUAUCCUGAUGAAGUAUCUACAACAGAUAACCUUUCAGGUUCACUUAUUGCAUUUUUUAAUCAACUUGGAUCUCACCUAAAGUCACCAACCCACCUGAAAAAUGCAGUAACUGCUCUCUCAACAGUAUUAUCUGUGUCAACAAAUUCAAAAACUCUGCUGGUUGGAGUUCUUGAAAGGUUAACAGCUGACAUGAAAUUUUCUGACAUGACGACAGCAGUUCGCAGAGGGAAUAUGGAAUAUUAUGCUUCUGAGCUAGAGCUAAAUGCCAAGUUUCAUAAUUUCACCCACAACUGUAGUCAAGUUCAUAGUGGUCACAAUACAGUACAAGCACAGUUGAAGAUCAAAUCCAAACGAGAAUACAUUGUAGCUGGCAGCAAUGAAGAAUUGCCUCUGGGGGAAGAAUUCCAGAAACUGUUACGUUGUUUUAUAGACCCUCAUGAAAAAAAACCUGCAAAGAAAUUUGCAAGAGCAUCUAUUUUAUUAGAACAAAUGGCCAUUUCAGCUGUACAAUGUAAACAACCAAGACCAAGUCAACCAACAUCAGAGCAGCUAGAUGUCAGAUGCUUACAAAUACUUAGAGCUCUCAUUCACAAUGAGGAGAGAAAAUUACCAGAAGACUGGGCAUUGAGAGCAUCUGAAUCCAAGAUAAAGAAGCAAAUCAAUCGAAUUAGGGAAGUUCAGUGUGCUUUGAACCAGCAUAGUGUUAUCACUAAAGUCCUUCCACAUCUUGCUAGAAGAAGUGAUAGCAUUGCUAGGGAGGUUUUAGCAUUUAUAUGUCUCAUGCUCUUCAAUGCUAACAGGGAGGUGCAGAGAUCUAUGUUGGAUUAUUUCCUGUCCACAAGAGAGGAAGUUUUCUUUAUGGCUGUAAGAGACCGUAUGCAGGUGUCAACAAACGCCAUCAAAGAAAAAACUCUGAUUUUGAAGAAAUGCAGAAAGAACAAGACUGGGCGAAGUCUCCUUGCUCAGCAUGAGGCAAGAAAGAAAGAGGCUCUUGGUAACUGCAACUUUACAAGCACUUCUAUGACUUUGGAAAAACAAGCACUGCAGCAAAUCCAACUUUUUGAACAAAAGAUGAAAACUGAAAAACUGGCUGGCUGGAGGAUGCUGGCACGUGCAUUAGAGACCCCUGAGAAACAGAAGAAAAGAUUUUCCAGGAAGAAAAAGUCUGAGAAAAACAGCAAAGAGGCUGCUGGUGGGCCAUCAUCCUCACCUAGAAAAAAAAAGGAUAUCAAUGGAAUUCCUAAAGAUACUGAGGCUCUGAUUGAAUGUGGCAGAUCUGAUAUUGAAAUGAAAGAAGUUCUUGUCAAUGCUGAGAUGGCAGCACUUGAAAGUGUUAAAAGAAAGGACCUUCACCACAUGUCACUUUCACUGACAGAGGCUUUAGAUGACGGAGUGAAAGACAUGCUGGAAUACAAAGAUGAUGGCUACAUUGAAUUAGUUCUCAAGCUUUUAGCCAGGAUUUGUGAUGGUCAACAUGCAGGGCUGCAGAAUUACUUGCGUGAACAGCCAGAUAAUGUCAAGUCUUUCAGUAUUGUGGCAGAGACUGCCCAGUUCGUCAAUGUUGUCUACACCACAAUCAACACUACCACUAUAGAUCUUGUCAUACAGCUCUUUCACACACUCAAUGAGUUCUGCUCAGGCAAUCAAGAGAAUCGUGUUGUGGUGUAUGAUAUGAAAGUAAUUGACUAUAUAAACUUCAUAUUGCGAGCUGGUGAGAUUGGAGAUUGUUCCAUUGACAAGGUAGUUGAGCUUCAGCAGACUAUUGGCUCCCUCAUCAUUUCUCUCACAGAAGAAAAUGGACCUCAGGCAUCACAGGUGGCUAAGGAGGUAAAAGAUGCACUGGAUAAAGAUGCUGUGUAUCGCUGUAUGACAUCCUGCUAUGAGUGGCACCAAACAGAGAAGAGAGAAAACUCCCCAACCCUGGGCUUAGGUGGAAGCUACUUGCAGUCUGCCAAGUCCAUUGCAGCAUUUGGUGGCUCCAUUCUACAGGGUGUUGUGAAAGGCAAAAAGAAAAGUGCUCUGAGAGAAAGUGUCAUAGAUGUGGGUUUCACAUAUUACCUGAUUCUUGCCAGAAUGUUUGACAUAGACCCUCACCUGAGUGACACUUUAAAGUGUACACCUGAAAACGUCAAGGCUUUUGAAUACUACAAAAAAAAUUGUUUGUCAAUUGAGAUUGUUAAAGAAGAUAUUUUACAAAAAGUAAAUUUUCGGGUCAAGAACAAGAGUGUUCUGCGAGAUGAGGUGAAAGAAAAACUCAAGUGGAAUGUUGAUAGGACAUCCCCCAGCAACAAAAUCAGAGACCUGAUGGGCUGGACACGAGAUAUCAUGAGAGACAUAACAUAUCAACGCAAAAUUUUGGACCACCCUAUUUCUAAAUUUUUUACUAAAGGAUGGUUGUUGUGGAACUAUGGGGCUAUUGUCUUAAGUUUGACAAUAAACAUCAUUAUGUUGGUGACCUGGGAUGCCAAAUCUAUAAUGGAAGACUGUAGUUAUAAAAAUGAAAGUGCUAAAGAAUUUUGUCCUGGUGUCUUUGAUCCUAUGCCAAAACUAGACAAGCUCAGUGACAAUGAGUAUCAAAUCACAAUCUGGGCCUUAGGAGGUGUACACAUCCUAUGUUCUCUGUUUGUACUCAUCAGCUACUUUUUAUCCUACCAUCCAAAGUUUCCAAGGCCUGUGGAGAUUAAAAACUGGUUUCUCCAUUUGUGUGGGAAAUCCAAGUCUGACAACGAUGCUGAUGAGACCAAAGAAGCUGAACCACCGUCCAAGUUGAACACAAGAUUUUUUAGCUUCACAACUUUUUAUUAUUUGAUAUUUUUGGGCAUGUCGGUAGCUGGUAUAUUGUUUCAUGGCUACUUUUUUGCUUUCCAUCUUCUGAACAUUGUCAAUAACAAUCAACUUUUGGGAGGAGUGAUCAAGGCAGUUACUCAAAAUGGCAUGUCUCUCUUGUGGGUUGCUGUCCUUGGACUUAUUGUCAUCUACAUCUACACACUGAUUGGGUUUGCCCUCUUGAGGGUUUACUUUAAAAAUGAGAGUAUAAUGUACUGCUCCACUCUAUGGCAGUGCACAGUCACUGUUGUAAGAUACGGUCUCAUUGGUGACAUGUUUGAGGAGCUAAAAGAUAAUCAAUCUGAUAAAACAUUUGCAAGCUUCUGGCCUAUGGUUAUCUACCAUGUGUCUUUCUUUAUCUUCAUCACCACCAUUGGCCUCAACAUCAUCUUUGGUAUCAUUGUGGACACAUUCUCUGAACUCAGAGAUCUCAAGUGGCGUGCCGAGUCAGAUAUGAAAGACACCUGUUUUAUCUGUAGCAGAAACAGUUAUGACUUUGAACAUCAUGGAAAAGGUUUUGACCACCAUGUCAACUUGGAACACAAUAUGUGGGGCUAUGUGUAUUUUAUUCUACAUUUGGAUGAUAUCAAAGCCAGCGACUACACAGCUCUAGAACUUUAUGUGGCUAAACUGAUGGAAAAAGAAAAUUAUGAAUACAUGCCCUUGAACAGAGCACUAUGCCUAACAUCAGUUGAUAUAGAUUCUACUGAGUCAAAAAUAGAUGACUUACUGACUCAUGUGACCAACAUUGCUAAAAAACAAAAAGAAGAGGAAGCUGAAAAGAAGAGAAAGGUUGAGAAGCUGAAACAGAGACGCUGGCAGGAAAAACACAGAGCUCUGGUGCCAGGCACAGAUAAUGGCAUCUACCAAGACAACGAUCCGAUGCCCUACUCACGGGCACCUAGUGUGGCCAGAUCAACAAUGAUGUCUGCCAGCAGAGCACAGAGCCAGGAAGAUCUGGACUUUACAAAAACUGAUGACAGGUUAGGUUCACAUUUUCCUGCCUUUUUACAAGCCCCCAUCCAGAAGUCUGCUAGUCCAAAAGAGGACGGCAGACAUUUAACUCUUCCAUCAUCGCAGGCUAGGAGAACAUCACUGGUGAGCCCACAGAGGGAUGAGGACUCAGAUCUGGCAUCUGACUCUGAUUCAGAUUCUGGCAGCUAUCAGCGUCAAGGAUCCUAUGACCUGAUGGAUGACGACCUCCCAUCCAGCCUUCCACUGUAUCCAUCACUCCCUGCCCAGGCCCCUCCUUCAGACCAGUUCACAGCUUUCCCACCCCCACCCUCCUUGCCAACCAGUCCUCAAGUGAUAUUCCAUCCUGCUUCAGCACCAACAUCACCAAGAGAAGAAAUUCAGUUACACCCUACAACAGACAGGGAAGAUGACACCAGACCCAAUGAGAAGGAUGAAGUAGCAAGACUCUAAGAGACAAUGUUGAUGACAAGUUGAACUCCCAGAAUAGGAAAACUGGAACAUAUACUAGAGACGUGUUAGUCAGCCAAACAAGAGCUAACUUUGAAGUAAUGUUUUAUAAACAAUUGAUUUGUUUGACAGUCAUUUUAAGUUCACCUACAUUCUCUGCUCAAGCAAAGUUGAGAUUUGACUUGCAACCUUUGACUCACUGAUGUUUAUAGCUUACAACUUUUGUGAUGAAAGAGAAACUACUAUGAUAUUAUUUACAAUCAUUUUGUAUGUUUCUUUGGUGCCAUACCUUUCUAGAUAUCUACAUCAUUGCUUGUGUAUAUUUUGAACCUGCACGGUACUUAAACUGAGUGUUAAACUACUUUUUCAAUCAAUGUAUUCAGCUACACUGCAUAUAACAUAAAAUACAUUACUCUUAAUCACUGUAUAUUUUUGACCAAAUAAAUAAUUUUGUUUUCACAGUUAUGAACUCAAUUAUUUUUCUAAAUUGUAAUCAAGACUUCAACAUUACAUCCAUGGGUGAUUAGUUUUUCUACCUUAAUAAAAUUCUUUUAAUUGCUUUUAAAUACUAAGUAACCUUAGCAUUGUCACUGAUAAUUAAGUUGUACUUUGUGUGUAUCUUUAAGAGUUCUUGUAUGGCAAUUUAACAGUUUGAAGUUAAAGCUAGUCAAAAACAGUAUUUAAUAUUUAGCUGUCAAUUUAAUUAAACAGCUACACUACAGAUCUGACAAUAUCCAAAAUAAAUUUAUUUUCAAAUGUCAAUGACAAUAUAUGCUGUUAGUGAGUUACAAAAGUUUGAUGAUCAUUUAUAAAGGAACAAGGUAAAUAACUUAAAACUAUAAUGAGUAGCAAGCAAUUAGUUUCAACUAGUGGUUGUGUAGAUAUACAAUAGCUAUGUUUGUUGUCUUUCAACUUAACCAGUUUCUUAUCUCUAUUUUUUUAUUCAUAGGUAUAAAUUGCUGCAUAAAUAUUACAUUAUUGGAAAUUCAAAUUUUAGUUUCUUGACAAAUUUUAUAUGUUAAUUUUUUUAUGUAUGUAUAAAUAAUGAAAUUUCAGGUAAAUCAUUUAUAUUUAUGAUAAAAAAUAUAACUACUCUUUAUAAGUUGAUCUAGGGAUUAUCAAUGAAUGCACCAUAAGAUGAGUGUUUCAUGCAACAAGAUAAAUAAUAUUAUAUGAAUGAGUUCAUUAAAUGUCAGCCAUAUCCUCCAGCUAUAAUAAUUAAUGUUCUUUAUAAAGUGUUAUCUGACUUCUUAAUAUUAAGACUUUUUAGACUUGAUAUUCUCUAUAGAAAAAUAAGUUCUAUCCUUAUCAAGGCCUGAGGGUUUGUUUGAGCAGAACAGAGUUCAUGAGGCUGGGAACUGGAAACUCAAGUAAGAAGCCUCUGCUGCACAUCAUACCGUCCUAGUUACAAGACCACUUAUUUUACUGUAGCUAAUGAUAUUCAGCACACAGAUGGUGCAACAUUCCAAUAUAAUCCUCUGGACUGAUCUACACGGGAUUAGUAGACAAUGAUCAAAUGCCUGUUACUAAUUCCUUUUUAGACUAAGGAUGUGGAUGUUAGAAAAAUAAUUAAAACUCAGAAGUUUCAAAAUAUAUGAAUAGUUUAUUUUUUUAUAGUAGGUUUAGUUACAAGAUGAAGCAUACAAAAUAUUUUAUCUGGUAGAUACAAUAUCACAGUUUUCAUAAUAUGUUUGGUUUUUUUACUGCUAUAAAAAUGAUAGCAUCAACUCAACUGCUAAAUCAUUUUCAUAAUUUUUAAUUAGAUUUUAUCAUCUACAAUAAUUCAUGCUUUAAGUAUCAAUAUCAAUAUCAAUAGAGCUAAUUUACUUUUGUCAGCUUAUCAUCUUUUUGUAAUUAGACCAUUGUCAGGACAAAGAUGUGUUAAAUUUGUGCAUGCUACUGUGUCACAAUAUGACCCUCCCUGCCUUCUACAUCUGUUUCACAUAAACCCGUUGAUUAUUUGACUUACUGCUGCGGUCAAACUUUAUUUUAUUUUUAUCUGCUUAUUUUACAUCAGUUUAAGUUCAUUGAUCUGUUUAGAUAUUCAAUUCAUGUAGUUAUUUCCUAAUUUUAAUUUGUGAUUUAUGUUACAAUCAAUAAAUGUUUAUAUUAAAUUAAUUAUGUUGAAAAUUGUGGAAUGAAUUUUAAAUUAUGUCUUGUAUAUUUUAUAUAUAUUUAUCAAAAUAAAAAUAUCAUACUGGAGUUGUCAACAGUUUUCUCAUGAAUUAGUAUAGUUACACUCAGUAGCUUUAACUUAGUAUACAACCAAAGCCUUUUUCGAAAUAUGGAAAAUAAUUUCAGCUUGGCUUUUAUAUAUGAUAAUUGUUCUGUGCAUUAGGAUUUAAUGUAAAGGCAAACAAUUAUAAAUAGAAGAAUUAAAAUGAAAAAGACACUAAGAUUGUUUUUGUCACAAUAACAGUAAAGUAGCUACAAACUAGGAACACUUCUAUAUCUACCCCCACCCACCCAUUUCU